UAAAAGAGAAGAAAUUAAAUAUUUUGGAACUAACAUAUUGAUUUUUUCUGGCAACACUUAAAGUAAGUACGGGAGCUGUCAAACUCUUCAAUCAUAAGUUGUUAUUACGUGAUAAUUCUGUUUUUUGAGUAGUUUUUCUUAUUUGUGAAGGCGAAAGAAGAAUAAUCAUGCAUGCAUCAAAUUAUAUAUAAAGUUUUCAUGCGAUGUAUGGCAGAAUUCCAAGCUGGGAAACUGCUAACCGAUUUGGACGAUGUUUAUAACCGCACAGCUGAUUUUACUGGUGUUUCUGUAAGCACAGUGCGAAGAAUUGUGCAGCAUGGCGCCGCAAGUGGUGGAAAAUUCUCGACGCCAGCUAAACACAGAAAGGGUCGUCCUUCAAAGGUUUUAGAUGACUUUGACGUAUGUGCUAUAAGACAAAAGGUUCAUUUUUUUAUACUGUUAAGAAAGAAGUACCAACCAUAGGAAAAUUACUAGCUCAAUUAAAGGAAGAUAUAGACUAUGACGGAAGUCGAGAACACUUGCGAAAACUCCUUAAAAAGAUUGGAUUUCUAUACAAAAAAUGCAAAACUAACAGACAAGCUUUGAUUGAAAAACCUGUUAUUGCUCAUAAGAGAGAACGGUAUCUAAAAAUAAUAAUGGAUAAUAGAAAUUUACCUGAAGAGCUUCAAAAAGACAUAAUUUAUUUAGAUGAAAGCUACAUCCACUCCAGCUACAAACUUAAAAAAUGCUGGCAGUCACUUGAAACUCAAGGUUUUACGACAGACAUAUCAAAAGGAAAGAGAUGGAUUAUAGUUCAUGCUGGUACUGCAAAGGGCUUUGUACCUAAUGCUCUUUUAAUUUUUAGCGGUGUAAAUAAACAAGAAGAUUACCACUCCGAAAUGAACCAGCAUAAUUUUACCAAAUGGGUGAAGGAAAAACUUAUCCCUAAUGUCACAGAACCCUCAAUCAUUGUGAUGGACAAUGCACCUUAUCAUUCCGUUGUUCUGAAUAAAGCUCCAACAUCAGCAAGUAAAGUCAAUGAAAUACGAUUAUGGCUUUUAGAAAAUAAUGUGCCUUUUGAUGUAGAUUUAAGGAAACCUUCUCUUUUGGAGCUGGUUAAGAAACACAAACCUGAGCCAGAAUAUGAGAUUGAUGUGAUUCUAGGUCAACACGGUCACACAGUGGUAAGACUGCCACCAUACCACUGUGAUUUUAAUCCUAUAGAAUUAAUUUGGGCACUAGACAAACGAAAGGUUGCUUCGCAUAAUGUGGGUGCAAGUGAUGUUAAAAAACUAACCGAAGAGGCAUUCAAUUCCAUUACAGUAGAGGAUUGGAAGAACUGCUGCGAACAUGUCAAGAAAAUCGAGUUAGAAUAUUAUAAUCGUGGAAAAACAUUGUACAAUGACAUAGACAGUUUAAUUAUCCAGGUUGGUGCAGACAGCAGUGACGAUGACUCUUAUAUAGAGUCCAGUGACGAAUCAAUGUCGGAGCAAGUAGACGAUAUAAACCAAGGUGCAAGCACGUCACACUCUGAGGGAAUUGAAGGUGUCGAAUAUUUAGAUUUUGAUCUAUUAGAAUAGUGUACUAGUACAUUUUCUUUAAUAUAUCUCGAUAACAAUAGUUUGGGUGACUUGGUGGGCUGUCUAAUGUAACUUUUCUGAUUUCAGCCUAUUUUUAAAUAAAUAAGUUUUGCAUGUGUUGACCUCAUGUCAGUUUUUUAUUUCAAUAUAUCAUACCAUAAAUGCGAUAGCUGAUUUUAUUUGUACUCAGGUAACAAAAUGAGCAUAAAUUUUACCUGAUGGUAGGUGAGAGUAACAAACGUCCAUACAUCCAUCCUAAGAAACUUACGCAUUUAUAAUAUUACUAGGAUAAGUUAAACACUGCGUUCGUUACCUUGAAAUAGCUUUUAAAUAAUAUUAAGUAUCAAAACAUGUACGAAAGUGGCGCCCUCAUUUAUUUUCAACUCUUUUGUGUCGUACUUGUAAAUAAAUAAUACUAUUCAAAUAUCAAGUUCAGUUAGGUCGUACUAACUGGGUUGCUACAUGAGCGAUGGUGGCGGC